AUGUACCAUCUCUUUCUCAUCACAUCAUCGAUCUCAGGCCUGAAUGAGAAAUCCGACGUCCUCGACUUGGUAUCGGACAUCGAUAUCGAAGAGAUUUUGGACACGAAUCUUCCUGGUCACGUCAGGGACUUCUUGAUAGUCGUCCGAGGCGUAUUCUGGAAUCGCCGAACUUUUCAGUCUAGCCUGCACAACACCUCAACAACGCCUUUGGUAGGUCUUGCGCCUCAUCACGCAAGGAUAGGUGAUCAGAUCUGCAUCCUGUACGGCUGCAGCGUGCCUGUGGUGCUUCGAGCGCUUCCGGACUCUGGCAAUGACACCCACAGGCAACUCAUUGGCGAUGCUUACGUCUAUGGGGCCAUGGAUGGCGAAAUGGUGGAAUCUAGCUUAGGAGAAGAUGCAUGCUUCACGCCUGUUGAGUUCAUCAUCAGAUGA